GUUCAAGUAAUCCAGGACUACACCCACUGCUUCCCAGAAAUGUGAACAUAUCAUCUCAUACUUUCCUCUGCAUUUUUUUGAAUUUCUUUUUUUUCCUUCCACAGCUCUAGUCCUCUACCCUCCUCUGCCCUGGCCUACUCACCCCUUCCGGGUGGAUAAUAGAGGGCUGAGAGCAACAGCUGCACUCUCAGUGCCCCAGGAGGAAGCAUAGAAAGGGUGGGUCUGCAGGAGAAAGGGGCAGUGAAAAGGAACUAAGAAGCUGAAAAUAAAUUCUUUCCACAUGAGUAAGGGAUGGGGGAUGGAGUCAGUCAAAAGGUCGUUGAGGUCACACGUCACCUGCAAAAACUACCACGCCCACUGGAGAAGAUGUGAAAAUAGCAGGAUAAUGUUAAUUACUGAGGGGGUCAAAUAAGCAGGAACUCAAUUUUACAUUUAUGUAAAACAACAAAACACCUUCAGUGUUUUAAAAUGGGAGACUGAAUUUAAAAGAGUUUGUCACACUUGAAGACGCUACAUCCGGAUCAACAGAAUUAACUUUCUGUGAUAUCCUUACCUGAAUAAUUGGGCAUGCAUCAAGAUGCAUAUUCACAAUAAUCAUGUGAUUACAGUUUUUCUCCAUUGGUUUGGCUCAUUUCUUGAAACCGAAAUUACAUUCUCAAAAUAACAUGGACAAACCUCCAAACCUCUUGGCAAAUGUUCACAACAGAAUGGCAUUUCUCAUUCAUUUUAUCAAAUGGCAAAUGCCUUAGUACAUGUCUCAAUUGUCUCAGUGCAUCUUUGCAAAUGAUUAAGUACAAGUAGCCUACAGUUAUACAGCUAGCCCACAUUUAGCACAUUUUCCAAAUGAAUAGAUCUUGUAGAUCUAAACUGAUUAGUUGAUUCUCAGUCUAAUGAUCAUUCCCUCCAAAACAUGUCAGCAUGAUUUCAUUGUGUAAGUACUCGCAUGCACAACUGUCUGUUCAAUUGUCAAAAUUGGUCAAGAACAUAAUACCAUGAAUACCAUAUAUGAAUUUCUUUGAAUAUUUGAUAAAUUGAUGACAGUCAUUGACAGUCAGGUGAAACUAGACUAACGAAGGGGGAGUGUCACACACAGGUGUGUUCCAUGAUUGUGUGCUGCCAAACACAGAUAUAUAGAGCCUGACCAGAGCCAGUCCGAUCUCUGAACAUGGAUAGACAAGGCCAAGCAAACGGACAAGGGGAAGCUCUUCCUCAAGGAAGAGGAGGAAGAAGAAGAAGAAUAGGAGGAGGACUGAGAAUGCGUGGUGGAGGAAUAGGGGGAAGAGGCUGAGGUGCGCGAAGACACUGUGCUGUCCCGAAUGAAAUUCGGGCCACAAUUAUAGACCAUGUCAUAAACCAUGGCCUCACAAUGGCAGAGGCAGGUCGUCGAGUGCAGCCUAAUGUGCCUCGCUCUACAGUCUCCUCCAUCAUCCAAACCUUUCGCAGGGAAAACAGGUAUGUACUCUAUGUAAUCUAUGAUGGAGUUAUAUGUUGUAUAGGACAGGGCACUGUGCGUGCAAGAGAUUUGUAACAUGGUGAUAGCAAAUAAUGCCAUCACAUUGAGACAGAUCCAUGAUGCCAUCCUUCAGGACAAUCAUAUAUUCCAGAAUAUAAACACAAUAAGCAUCUCCACAAGAAACCGGGUUUUGAAGAAGCAUCAGAUGACAAUGAAACAAAUCUACAGGGUACCAUUUGAGAGGAACUCUGACAGAGUGAAGGAGCUGCGCUACCAGUAUGUAAAUAGAAUAAUGGCAUUGGAAGGACACGAGACCCCUCACAUCCUGGUGUUCGUGGAUGAAGCUGGCUUCAACCUGGCCAAGGGCCGAAGACAUGGCCGUAAUAUUAUUGGCCACCGGGCCACAGUGGAUGCCCCAGGUCAGCGAGGGGGCAAUAUAACUAUGUGUGCUGCCAUUUCUGAAAAUGGUGUGGCCAGUCGCAUCCCCAGUCUUGGCCCAUACAACACACACAAGCUCCUCAUCUUCUUGGAUUGCCUUUAUACCAAUUUUAUCCCUGAAAAUGAGAGAGGUCUCAUAGGGCCUCACCUACCCAUUUAUGUAAUUGUGUGGGACAAUGUCAAUUUCCACCAUAGCCCACUCAUUAGGGGCUGGUUUGCAAUGCAUCCAAGGAUGGUCAUGGGGUUCCUACCACCUUACUCUCCUUUCCUCAAUCCGAUAGAGGAGUUUUUCUCUGCUUGGAGGUGGAGAGUGUAUGAGCAUCAUGCUCAGGAUCAGCCGUCCCUGCUCCAUGCUAUGGACGCUGUUUGUGACAGCAGCAGAAUAAAAGCACGUAUACAAAUAGAACAGGACACAGAACAGAAACACACAACUUUUACAGAAAAAAUAUUUACAUCAUGGACAAUAGUUACAAAAACAGAGUUAUUAAGAUUAUAGUUUUUUUUUCCAAUUUUAAUAUUUCAUUCAUGAGUUCAUGAGCCUGUAAAUUACAGAUUGUCUAGUUAGCUACAGGAAACAAAAAGAAGUUUGAUCAAAUCUUAUUGUAUUCUUUAUUGCUACAAGAUCUAUGUAACCCCACUUCCUUGCUAGGCACAGGGCAUGAAUUUUUACAAAGGCCGUAUGGGGUGCCAAAAGGAGGAGGAGCCAUAAAGAAUGGAUGAAAGAGAUGAGGUGGGGGAGAAGUGGGGCUGUGACUGACAAGAACCCCCAACCUUUAAUGAAAAGCUGAUUUCAUGCUGAGAGAACAGAGUAAGGAAACACUUGAAACCUGUGAAUGUUCCAAGUGUUGUGUGAGUUUGUGUAACCUUAAGUGUGUAGGAGGAACUGGAAGUGUUGGCCAAGCCUGUGAAAGGUGUUAAAUGUUUUUCUUUUCUUUUUUUUAUUCUGUGAAAUAGGGGGGAUUAGAGCAGGACAAUGCAGAAUAGUGAGCCAUUGUUUUCCAUUCCCUGCUCUUUUUACCCCCCCCGCGCCAGAGGAAAUAUGGUACAACCUCGAUAUUUAUUUGCAUACAUAUAUGGUGUGAACUGAUCUACUCUACAAGCUUGUGAGCAAACACAAACACAAGCUUGUGCCAGAAAUGUCUUUUCUGGUCACAUGCUUGUCCAUGUCCUCAUAUUUCACAUAUUUCAGCAAGGCAAAUCAAAAGCAGAGACCAAUAAAUACAUAUCAACAAAAACAGUUUUUAAAAAUUUCUGCUUUUCAAGUUUAUAAAAAUAAAAAUUGAGUUCAGCCUAUUUAAUAUUUUUAAUUAAACACAAUAUUAGAUUUUACAGUGAAGGACAUACUCAGGCCAUAAAGAGCCACUUGUACAUCUCAUGCACAAAUCAUUGGAAAUUGACAUUUAUCACAAUAGCCAACAUUCUGUCCAUAUGACAAGUAGACUGAACAUACUGUUCUUAACUAAUUUGGGCUCUGUUGAUGUAAUAAAAAAGAUGUAAUAUGGCUAGCAAUUUCAGUAGAGUCAAACAGUGUGCGUGUCACCCCCUAGGGGUUGGUAUGAGUGUCUCUGAUGCAUUCACAUAUGCUACUUGUUUGUUUGUGAGUCUGAAACUAAGUAAUCCUCACUCUCCCUCUUUCUCUAUGCUCACAGAGCCUGUAUUAACAUUAGCGGGACUUAUCUCCUCCAGUAGCUAACUUAUUACUCUUCUGUUUGUUAC